AUGGCUGCAAAUCGCUCCCAGAGCAUGUUCCAGGCAUUGCAAACUAUCUGGAGUCGUGGUAAAGUCUCCGGAUUCUACCAGGGCCUUAUUCCAUGGGCGUGGAUAGAGGCUUCAACAAAAGGCGCUGUUCUUCUCUUCACUGCCUCGGAGAUAGAAUCAGCUACCGUUGGUGUGGGAGUCAACCCGGCGGUCGCUGGGCUCCUCGGUGGUAUGGGCGGUGGCAUCGCACAGGCAUAUGCCACAAUGGGUUUCUGCACAUGCAUGAAGACAGCCGAAAUUACCAGGCAUAAGCAGGCUUCUACGGGUAUCAAGCCCCCUUCAACGUGGGCUGUCUUCGCUGAUAUCUACCGCCGGGAAGGUAUCAGAGGCAUCAACAAGGGUGUUAAUGCUGUUGCUGUGCGUCAAUGCACUAACUGGGGUUCUCGCAUGGGCUUUGCGCGGCUAGCGGAGAGUUGGAUACGUCAGGCUCGAGGGAAAAGUGAGAAGGAUAAGCUGUCUGCGCUGGAAAAAAUCUUUUCCUCCACCGUUGGCGGUGCAUUGGCGACAUGGAACCAGCCUAUUGAGGUUGUACGAGUUGAGAUGCAAUCCAUGACCAAAUCGCCAAAUCGCCCCGAGAAGGUGACCAUCCUGAGCACGCUGAAGUAUGUGUACAGGGAAAACGGCCUGAAGGGUCUUUACCGUGGUGUCACCCCCCGAAUCGGUCUUGGUAUAUGGCAGACUAUAUGCAUGGUCUCCUUUGCCGACUAUGUGAAGGCUUGGUAUGCGUUACUUCUGCUCCUCUCCACUGGUUGCGCUAAUGCGCUUGCACAGGACGGAUUCAUGCUUUCUGCCAUGGUAUAUAUCGCUAUCUUACAAGUUUGCACCCGUCCUGUGAGCCCCUGUGAGCCCACCAUCCCUCUUUUGCCACCUCUGAGUCGCUCCGGAGAAACGUUCUACGCGUCGAUCCAACGUGGUCACGAUGGUAGCACGGAUAUCAGGUGGAUUAUUGCUCGAGGGAAAAGGGACCAUGCUCUGCUCUUCCUCAAAGCUCCCACCCUCAUCUACACCCUGUCGAACGCCCCAGGAGAGAGCACCGCCAUGAGUUCCCCUGUCACCAAGAUGAAUCCCCUGCUCUCUGCAUACCUCCGGUCGCUCGCCACGCAUCCUGUGCGGACGAAAGCGGUCACAACAGCGGUGCUGCAGUUCCUCCAGGAGGUGCUCGCGUCGCACCUCGCGGGUGAGCCCGCGGCGCGCGUGGCGAAGGACGCCCCGUUUCUCGUACACGUCCUCGCGCGUGCAAACGUCGACGCCCGCGCUCUGAAGAUGGCGCUGUACGGCUUCUGCGUGUCCGCGCCGCUCGGCCAUCUCCUCGUCGGCGCGUCGCAGCGCGCGUUCGCGGGGCGCACAGGCCUGCUCGCGAAGCUCGGCCAGGUCCUCGCGGCGAACCUCGUCGUCGCGCCCAUCCAGAUCUUCGUGUUUUUGACUUGCUCGGCUGUCAUCAAUGGUGCUACAACCGUGGACGAGGUUGCCCGCACGGUCCGGGCAGGAUUUAUGCGUGUAUUGCGGGUCACCUGGAUGACACUGCCCUUGACUGUCGUGGUCGCGCAGAGGUUCAUCCCGCCGGAACUUUGGGUACCAUUCAUGAACACGGUGCAGUUUUUCACUGGUACAUAUUUCAACACCAAGCUGAAGAAAAUCCGCAUGGAGGCGGAGGCAAAGGCCAAGAAAGACCGGGAGGAAAAGGGGGAUUCUCAAUAG